CCCUCGCAUCUCACGGGCUUCCAGGCAGCCACCAAAGAACAACCCAGCACGUCCUGCCCUGGCCUCUUCGCUGUUAUUUCUGGAAGAGUGGGCAGAUCAGGGAGAAGGACCGGGCCCGUCAUUUCUCGUCGCUUGGCGAGGGCAGGAGGCAAAAUAAAAGUUGCCAGAGUGGCCCGCCGCACGCAUCAGCCAACAUGCCGAGCCAGCGUCGCCUGGCCCUCCACCUCGGCAUCACCUCAGCGACUUGAAUGAACGGAUUCACAGCGACUUCAGUACCGCGAAUUCGAUCCGCUCUCGACUUCGAGAAGAUGAAUCCAUCUGAAAAACGCCGCGGGGGCGGACGCAGCAACAGCACCGGGCCCGGCUGGCGAACGGGACAAGCAGCGCAUACGAAUCGCCAUGGUAGCAGAGGAGGAGGAGGGGCGAACACAGCAACCAACGGUGCAGGAGGCAACAACUCGGACAACUUGCCCGUGAUGCCGCCGCGCGCAGCCAUGACCGGAACGAGCUCAACGGGCGCAGACGAUUCUCAUAAUGCGGGCGGAACGCUCCUGGAGCGAAAACGAAAAGAAAAGGGACAAGGCAAAGACGGCGUGCCCGGCAGUAAUAACAGCUCCGGCACGGCCAGGGGCUCCAGUCCUCACGGCAGCAACCCCAGCGGCAGCCCCGUCUCCAAGCAGCAUCGCCGCCAGCAACACUCCGAGGCCGCCGCGACCGCCCACCUGCUGCGCGAAAAGGACGAGCGGAUAGCGUACCUCGAGGACGAAAUGGCCAUCAUGGAGCGCGAGUUCCACCGGGAGCUCGACAAGCUGAGCCAGGCGGAGAGCGAGACGGCGACGUUUUGGCAGGGCAAGCACAGCGCGUUGAACCAGCAGUACCUCCGGACGGACACGGAGCUGCGGCUGCUGCGGGCCGAGGUGGACGUGCGCGAGGCGGAGCGCGAGGAGCUGCGGCAGGGCGUCGAGGUGCUCCGGCGGGAGCUGCAGGAGAAGGACGACGAGAUCCGGCGGCUGAGGGGCCAGGUCAGGGGCCUCAAGGACUUUGUGAGCACGAGCACGCGGACCGACGACCAGACGAGCGACGAGGUGUUUGGCGACGGCAUGACCAAGCUGGGCAAUGGGCUGCAGAACUGGGUUAUAACCAAUUUCCGAAAGGCAAAGCUGGACCUGUCCAAGGCCAGCGACGACACGCUUGCAGAGCUCGGCCAGCUCGUGCCCAUGUACGAGGAGCUCAUCCACACGUCCAAAGUCCACCUCCUCCAGUCCAUCGUGUCGAGCAUCCUCGUCGACAUGGUCUUCAACGCCUACUACGUCGGUCUAUCGGAGCAGGAUACCCAGCACAUCCAACAGAUGGAGCGGCUCCUCUCGUCUCUCUGCUCCUCAACCGACGUCGUGAACCAAUGGCGCUCGUCGACCCUUGCCCUCCUCCGCCGCGAGGCGCACCACCUCCACGACAACACAGACGCCUUUGCCGAGGCCGUCAUGGCCCGCAUCACGCACCUCCUCGACAGCAUCAUCACCGCUUCUCCACCACCAUCAUCAUCAUCAUCAUCAACAAUAGCAUCAACAUCCGCACCAACGUCAUCGACGGCGUCAUCAUCCUCGUCAGCCGCCGCAGCCGCACCCGCAGCCAGCAGCUCAGCAACAACCUCAACCUCAACCGCCCGAGACUCGGCCCUCCGCGUGCUCGUCAAAAACUCGAUUGAGCUCGCGCGCCUGCUCGUCGUGCAAAAGGCCCGGCUGCGGGUCUACAUGCCUGCCAUCCUGCCGCACCAGCAGGUCCUCUUCGAGCCGGACACCAUGGAGGACAUGGGCGGGGAGGAGGACGAGGACGACAACCUGGCCAGCCGCGAGAUCAGCUGCGUCGUCUUCCCGGGCGUCAUCAAGCACGGGGACGAGAAUGGGGGCCACAUGCAGUAUCGCAACGUCAUUGUCAAGGCGAGGGUCUUGUGUAGCCCAGAAGAAUAG